UGGGGAUGGCAAGAACAAGUGGGAUCAACAAUACUACUAAGAUCUUGCUUGCAAACCCUAAUUUAUCUGUGCGAGGAAUGAGCAAGUCGUCGACGAUCAUGAGAGCCAACGAGCUCAAAUCAAUGGAAGAGAGGGGGCCGCGGGCGGAGGGGUGGUGGGUCCCACACCCUCGAUCGGGGAUAUAUUUUCCUCGUGGGCAUGCGCAAGAGUCGUUGAUGGACGAGGUCCCUAGCGAUGCUGCUUUGCCCGAUUGUAACUUUUGGUUUCGCAAUGUUGACGGCGUCGACUACCAUAAACCCGACCCACAUAGCAUAUAAUAUGAUCAAAUGUCGAUCGAUCAUCUUGAUUUAUGAUUAACUUAAUUAAUAACUAUGAAUCUUAACUUUGUUACCAAUGGUCUUUAAGAUGUUAUAUAAAUAAAUAAAGAUUUAUGAUUA